AUGCCACAAAAAAGCACAGAGGACUCCCUCUACGAUCUAGUAAAAGUGCUGAAACAACAUAUAAUAGGAAAGCGAAUAGCUAUACUGAUCUCACUGGACGUAGAGGGAGCCUUUGACAACGCUUGGUGGCCAAAAAUGAAGGCUGAGAUAGCAGCAAGAAAGUGCCCUGGUAACCUACAAAGGGUUUUGAGCUCUUAUUUGGAAGGCAGGAGUAUACAAAUUAAUUAUGCCGGUGAAGUAUUGGAGAAAACUCAAACACGCGGAUGUGUGCAAGGCUCUAUUGCCGGACCGACUUUAUGGAACGUUAUACUUGACCCACUCAUUAGACACUUCACGCAAUCAAACGACGUUCACUGCCAAGCUUUCGCCGAUGACGUAGUGCUCGUGAUAGCCGGGGAAAAAUUGACAGAACUAACUCAAAUAACUGAUAAAGCGCUAGACUGGGUCCACAAGUGGGGUCUAGAAAACAAGCUGAACUUCUCGCCGGCAAAAACGAACGCUAUGAUUCUGACGCGAAAGCAUAUCGACAAAAAAGGCAUCCAACUCAAAAUGAACGGCACUGUGAUCCCGAUAGUUAAAGACUUCAAACUGCUUGGUAUACAACUCGACGACGGGCUGACAUUCAACAAUCACGUGACCCUUAUGUGCAAAAAGCUGGUAACCUUUUACCAACGAUUAGAAAGAGCUGCACGGGUUACGUGGGGGUUGAAUCCCAGUGUCCAGAAAACAAUAUACCAAGCAGUUGUCGAACCAAUAGCACUAUACGCUGCAAGUGUGUGGGCGCCUGCAACAGAAAAACUGGAAAUCUGUAAAAAAUUGAAAGCUACACAAAGAGGAUUUGCGCGACGUAUAUGUAAGGCUUACAGGACAGUUGCAUUGCUACCCGCCCUCGCUGUUGCAGGCUUGCUCCCACUGGACUUGAGAGUUCAAGAAGCUGCCCGUCUUUACUGCAUAAAAAGAGGAAGCCCUCUAUUGCAGCUGCCAGACAGAGAAUACGAGGCUCGGGUGCCAUAUACAAAUACUCCUCAUCCUGUGGACCUGGCCCCGCUUACCUUUGAAAAGGUCGAAGACCUGUCAGAGGAAACCGUGGCCAAAUACCAAAUUGAAGGGCUUCGUAUUUUCACAGACGGCAGUAAAAUAGAGGGAAAGGUCGGUGCGGCAAUAACUGCGUGGAGAAAUGACGAAGAAAUAAGACAGUGCACUUUCCGGUUGGAAACCUACUGCAGUGUGUUCCAGUCGGAGCUUCUCGCGAUUCUGAAGGCAGGCGAAUUGGCAGCAAAAUUAAAAGACACUACAAUUAACAUCUUUAGUGACAGCAUGUCAUCACUACAAGCUAUAGAGAAUCAGACGUGCCUCCACCCGCUUGUCUUCCGAAUCAGGGAGCAAAUAUAUGCACUGCAAAAAAGCGGAACAACCGUACGGCUAUUCUGGUUGAGAGCUCACUGUGGCACGGUGGGCAACGAACGGGCUGAUGAAUUAGCUAAAUAUGCAGCUCUUCGGAAGAAAACAAAAGCUGCGUAUGAUUUGUUUCCAACCUCAUACGCCAAGCGGACCAUCAGGGAGGAAACGCUGUAUAAAUGGUCAAAAAUAUAUAAAGAGUUAACAAAAGAAAAGCAAAUAGCAGAUUUCCUCCCUGAUGCAACGUCGGCGUAUAGGUUGAAGAGCUUGGGUGAGGAGAUACCCCCUUGCCUCACCCCGCACUCCAACCUGUAUGGAUCCGAAUAUGCGUUUGACCAUCUCACCACGUUGACCUGGUUAAUAUACCAGAACUUAAAGAGGCGGUAA